AUGUCUUCGUUUCUUAGUGAAAAUAGCUUCAACACUAUGGAUAUUGAUAAACGACAAGAAUCUUUUAAAAAGGACUCUAUGGAUAUUGAUUAUGACGUUUGCGUGUACAUAGAGCAACCUGAAAACUUUCCUGAGAUUUCUAAAAGUUACGAUGCUGCCUAUGAUGAAGUUUCUAAUUCUUCGGAUAGUAAUACUCAUUCAAACGCGCGUUCUUCCUCGCGUCUUAAGCGAAAACAUGAUGUUAUGCCACCGCAAAAGUCGAAGCCAAAAGCCCCUAGACCACAAAAGAAAAUUGUGCGUUACUACAAGUUUAAGGAGGACGAAGUCGAAGAAAACGAAAUAUUUGAACUUAUAGGCGAAGAUCCUAUAACCAGAGAUAAGCAAGACGACAUUGGUGAUAGAAAUACACUUCCCUGUCGUAUUCUAGAAGAUUUCAUCAUAUAUGAUGCCAACGAUAAAAAUAAAGUGGUCAGCAUUGAAGAGGUUGAUGGUGAAGGAAGGGAACUACACGCGUCAGGAAUAGUUAAACCAAU